AUGCCCAUAACCGUGGAAUCCCUCCCAAAGAUCCUAGAAAACGACACAUGCGUCAAGCUAGCCGGCCUUGACGUCGAUGGCAUCCUACGCGGCAAGAUCGUUUCUAAAGACAAGUUCCUCUCCAUCGCCCAGACCGGCUUUGGCUUCUGCUCCGUCAUAUUCGGCUGGGAUAUGCACGAUAUGACAUACCUGCGUGAGCUGAGCAUUUCGAAUAAGGAGAACGGCUACCGGGAUAUCAUUGCCAUCCCUGACCUCGACAGCUACAGAAGGAUUCCUUGGGAGGAUGGCGUCCCGUUCUUCUUGGUCAGUUUCCAUGACCCGGAGACGAUGAAGCCCAUAUGUGCCUGUCCGCGCGGGCUGCUCAAGACACAAUUAGAGAAGUGGGAAGCCAAGGGUAUUGGGGCAAAAGCUGGAGCCGAGUACGAGUUCUACCAGUUUAAGGCCCCCGAGGGUACGUCUGUCGCUGCCUUCCUGCGUGACAAUGCCCCGCACGCUCUCCCCUCCCUGACAGAGGGUAUGUUCGGUUACAGCUUGACGCGCCCUGUGCAUAAUAAGGAUUACUAUUACGAGGUAUUCAACGCAUGUCGCGAUUUCCAGUGCCCGUUAGAGGGCUGGCAUACCGAGAGCGGGCCCGGUGUUUAUGAAGCGGCGUUGCAGUUCACCGAUGCUGCGGAGAUGGCCGAUCGCGCGGCGCUGUUCAAGUUGACUGUGAAGGCCGUCGCUACAAAGUACGGGAUUACCCCAUGUUUCAUGGCCAAGCCGAGACACGGACUGCCCGGCAACAGCGGACACAUGCACCUCUCACUGGUAGACUCUCAGAGCGGCGAAAACCUCCUCUACCGCGGCAAGAAAGAUCCCUUCCCUCCCUACCCCGACGUAGCCUACCUCUCCGACCUAGGCCGGCACUUCCUCGCCGGCGUCCUGACUGGUCUACCCGACGUGAUGCCUCUCCUAGCUCCCACAAUUAACUCCUACAAACGUCUAGUCGAGAACUUCUGGGCUCCUGUCACCGUCUCCUGGGGCCUGGAGCACCGCGACGCUUCCGUCAGGCUAAUUGCCCCGCCAACAUGCAAACCCUCCGCCACGCGGUUCGAGAUCCGCGUUCCCGGGGCAGACGCAAACGCUCAUUAUGUGCUUGCGGCGAUUUUGGCGCUUGGGUACAGGGGUGUGGAGAAGAGAUUGGAGAUUCCUUGCCCGCCUUCGGGAAAGGGACAGGAUGUGGACAACAAGGGGACGAGGUUGGCUAGAAGUUUGAGGGAGGCGACGGAGAGGUUUGUGAGGGAGGGCAGUGUAGCGAGGGAGGUGUUUGGGGAGGAGUUUGUGGAGCAUUUUGGGGGGACGAGGGAGCAUGAGGUUAGGGUUUGGGAGGAAGCUGUUACGGAUUGGUAA